AUGGGUGGUGAUUCUAGCCAUCACAACAACAAUUAUCAUGAUAUGGAGGAAAGACAUGGACGUACUCACGAAAAACAAGAGGCGCGAUGCUAUAAAUGCAGUGGUUCCGGAAGAAUUACUGAUGAACGUGAAUGUAAUCGUUGUGAGCGCCAUGGUAAAACAUGGUCUCAGUAUAGUUCAGGAUGCUCAUGCAACGGGUAUGGUCGUCGAACAACUACAAAAGUCUGUGAAGAAUGUUUCGGUAGAGGUCAUCAUUAA